AUGGACGGUGAUAAGGGGAGGGACCAUGAGAAGUCCACCCGCGGCGACUCAACAUCGACAUUCUCAAACCUCUUUCAACUACCAACUACUCUCACUCUCUCUGCUAUGGCUUCCUCUUCCCUUCUUCUCCCACUCUCUCUCACCCUUCUCAGCCUCCUUUCCACCCUCUCUUCUGCUUACAAGUCUUCUCUCACCCUCCCCGUUACAAAAGAUGACUCCACGCACCAGUACUUAACCUCCCUAUCGUAUGGCACCCCUGUCGAAUCAGCAAACUUUGUGCUUGAUCUCGCUGGUUCAUCCCUCUGGAUUGAUUGCGCUUCCCGAAACACACCAUCUUCCUCUCUCGCCCCCAUUUUCCACCGUUCGGUUCGCUGCCUCACCGCCAAGGGUCCUGAAAUCGAAACCCACAGGUGGCUCUCCAGUCUUGCUAACCCUGUCGACCAAGACCAAGCGUGUCAGAUUUCUGCGGAGAACAGCGUCACGGGGAAGAGGGUCGCCGAAGGAGAGCUUGUGGAAGACCUCUUUGAACCCUCUCACCAGCUUCUCUUCACAUGCUCACCCUCCCUUCUACUGAACGGUUUGGCUACCGGUGCUAAAGGCAUGGUGGGUCUCGACAGAUCUCGCACCUCUUUCUCGUCUCAGAUUUUUCACUCCCUCGGAACCCAGAGGAAAAUCACUCUUUGCCUCUCUCCCUCUUCUGGGGUUGUUCAAUUUGGAAACACGGCACAAGAUUCUCAACCCGGGUCGGAAAUUCUCAGAUCUCUAACUUUCACGCCGCUGCUGACCAACCCGGACCAGACCCACCCUUCCAUCAGCGUUAAUUCCGUCAAAAUCAACGGGAAAAAGGUUUCUUUCGACGCACCGUUAGGUGGGGGGGCUCAGCUGAGCACGGUGGUGCCCUAUACCACGCUCCAAACCUCGAUCUACGCCAACUUCGAGAGCGCGUAUUCGAAAGCUGCUUCGGUUUUGAAUAUGACUAGAGUGGAUCCCGUUUCCCCCUUUGGACUAUGUUUUGCCUCAAACGGCGUUGGAAGCUCGCAAGUGGGCCCCAACGUACCGGUUAUCGAUCUGGUGCUACAGAGCGAGAUGGUGAAGUGGAGCAUAUACGGAAGAAACUCCAUGGUGCAGGUGAGCGACGAUGUUAUGUGCUUGGGGUUUGUGGACGGAGGCGAGAACCCCAGAAAUCCCAUUGUGAUUGGAGGAUAUCAAUUGGAGGAUGUGUUGGUUCAGUUUGAUUUUGAUACUUCCAUGGUGGGAUUUAGUCCUUCGCUAUUGACGAGGCACGCGAGUUGCUCCGAUUUCAAAUCUGGAUCCGAUGCACGAUCAGUGUCAGUUUAG